AUCUGAGCGUGUCGCUUGCAAGUUGGUUCGUCGCUUUGUCGUUACUAGUAGCGAGCAUUUGAUACCUCUGUUCUGGCAGCUUCUCGGAGACCAAACACCAAGGCUCAAGUCUUAUCAUCAGACUCAGCUAUUAGGUCCAAAUAGCGACAGGAUGGUUACGCCUACCCGAAAGCGAUCCCGCAAUGCUAUAGAGGCAGAGGAAGAGAACCUUUGUGAAGCAGGUACCCCAAAACGCACACUGCGUUCGCGGACAGCACUCGGCUCAGCCUCGGGUAAUGUCGAGAUCGUCAUACCGCCUUCGCCCAAACCCGGCCGAAAACCGCUUUCCAGGACCGCGCCCAGCACUCCAAGUCGUACCGGCAAGAAGGAGGUUCUUAAUCAAAAUGCCAUUGCAGAGUCUCGAUCAAAUAAAGCCUCUACUCCUUCGAAAUCCGCCAGAAGUACUCCCUUGAAGCAACUAUCACCGCAGACGCCGUCUUCCCGCUGGUCUAAGCGGCCCAACUGCACGCCUGGGACACCCCGUACACCGACCAUGGUCUACCAAGAUGCGAAAGCGCUCUUCCGGCGCUGCAAUACGCCAUCACGCCUAGUUGGUCGUGAAACGGAAAGACGCACCAUACAAACGUUUUGGGAAGAUCAUGUCAUUAAAGGGAAUCCUGGAUCUCUCUACAUAUCCGGUUGUCCUGGAACGGGAAAAACCGCGCUUUUGGAAGAGAUUGUUAACCGUAUGGAGGAACGGGUUGAUGAAGCACGCCAUGCUCUGCGUAUUGUAAAGCUUAACUGCAUGUCGGUGAAGGAUCCCAAAAUGAUAUACCCAAAACUCCUAGCAGAGAUCAGAGGCGAGCAGACCAAGGCAAAGGAUGCAGUCAAGUUCUUGGAAAGUAUCUUCAUUCCUGAGGCAUCAAAGGGAAGCUCGCGGACCUUCUUCGUGGUCAUCAUGGAUGAGAUCGAUUCCCUUAUCACCAAAGACCAGGAGAUACUGUAUAAAUUAUUCGAAUGGCCGGCACUUCCUGGAUCACGCCUGGUUCUCAUCGGAAUCGCGAAUGCGCUAGAUUUGACCGAGCGGUUUUUACCGCGACUAAAGGCAAAGAACUGCCAGCCACAGCUAUUAAACUUUAAUCCCUACGAGAUCAAAGAUAUUACCGAAAUUAUCAAGCAGCGCCUAAAAUGCUUGGAGGAUGUAGAUGAUGAAACAUUGAGAGAGAACAUGCCUUCACCAUUCAAGUCGGCGAUCUCAGCCGCGAAAGGUAAUGCUCCAUUAAUGCACCCCAUGGCCAUUGAACUAUGUGCUCGAAAAAUGGCUGGAACUGGAGACCUGCGAAAAGCACUGGAUGUUUGCCGUCACGCCAUUGAACUCGUAGAAGCUGAGACAAGAAGGAAGGUUCUGGCAGAUAGCCUGCCCACUGCGGCACCACCUUCUCCCUCGCCAAGGCGAGCACCGGGAGCUGGUAGCAUGCUUCUUCCGAAUUCCGGAAUAGGUUUGAGCUCCCCAAUAGAUAGUCUCGACGCCUUACCUAAAGUGACGGUUAAACACAUCCUGUCCGCGACCAAUAUGGUGUUUGGCUCUCCAAAUGUGAACCGAGUCAAAAGUCUUAGCCUGCAGCUCAAAAUGGUUCUAUGCACACUAGCGGUGAUGGCCCGGCAGAAGAAGGGGGACAUGUCUUUGAUAAAGCUCCAUGAAACGUACGUGCAACUUUGCAAGAACCGUCGCACACAAUUGAUACCUGUGACGAAGACCGAACUGCAGGAUUUGGUGACAAACCUGGAGACUGCCGGGUUAAUCACGAUGGUCACUAAGCGGGGUGGGGGGAAACGUGAUGGUUUUGGAGGUACAUUGGGCGAGAAGCGCACGAGCCAGAAUGUCGAACUCUGUGUUCGCCCAGAAGAAAUUGAAAGUGCUGUAGCAGAUCUACCGAUUCUGGUAAAUCUAUUGAGAUUGGACGGAGCUGCCAAAGUGUAGGGCAUUUGUCGAUAGCCUUAAGAACAUAAUGUGAAUAAAAUAUAUCUAUCGCGCCA